AUGGGCCAGAACACGGGCGCAGACUGGUUCCUGACAGCCCUGUCCGUGCUGGUCCCAAGUGGGAAGCGACCCAAUGCAGGUCUCGAGGAGGAGGAGUCGUUGAUGUCGGCCGGAGCCAUGUCGGAGUCGGCCGAGGGCGACCGAGGCCACCUGGCGCUCUGGGACACAGAGAUAAAGAGGUCGACCGCCAGUCCCCCUGCGGAGCGGAGCCGAGAACUUCAGCCGGCGCCGCCUCGGGGAGGCCCGGACUUUCCCGCGGCCGCGGCGCGCGCCAAGCAACCUCUCUCGGACCCGUCCCUAGGCCCGCCCCGAGGCGGCCGGGGGAGGCAGGGCGAGCGCGAGCCCGCGGGGCGGCCCUCAGCCACGGCCACGGCCGCCGAGCGCCCCCGGCGCGCGUCAAGUUUGCCGGCCCGCGCCAGGGGGUCGGGGUCCGGGCGCCCCGCGCCCACCCCGCGCGGCACAGGGCGCGGCGCAGCCCCGGCUCACUCACCUCCGGGCGCGCUCCCCAACCUGCGGCGCCCGGCCGGCCGCGGCUCCGGGACCUCGGCGGAGGGGGCGGGGCGGAGAGGGCGGAGCCGGCCCCGCGUGCGAGCGCCAGAAUUAAACCCCGAAACGGACUGCGGCGCUCCGGGCCCUGCCGCCGCCGCAGGGGCCACCGAGUCCGGGAGGCUGGCGAGCUUCGGCCACGGCGCGGGAAACGACCGUGGCGGCGCCCCGAGGCCGGGCGGGAGGGCUCCCCAGGCGGCUCGGGACACCUCCGGGAACCCCGGCUCUGCGCCGCGCCUCUUUGUACCCCGGGACCCGGCCGGCGGGCUGGCCCCAGUGCGCCUGCGCGCCGCUCCGACUCCGCCAGGCCCACGAGGCACCUUCGCGCACCUCCGCCUCACCCCGCCCGCCGGCCCCUGCCCCGAGAGCCGCGAUCCGAGCGGCGCCCUCCGCCCGGCGCGCCCCUGCCGCCCACGGGGGAGCGCGCAGGGCUCGGCUUUCCUGCAGGUGCUUGAGCCGGACGCGCACGGGGGCGGCCGCGGACCUCCCGUUGCCUUUCCCCGGGCCGGCUCGGGAAAGCCCUCGGUGGAGAGGGGAGGACACAAGCGUGUGCAGAAGCGAGCCUGUGCUCGGGGGACUCCGGGGAAGGCGCAGCGCCCGCCUGCGGAGCGGAGAGCCGACGAGGAAGUCAGACACGCUCCACUCCGAGCCGUCGCAGCUGGGGGCGAGCACAUGCGCCGAGACUCAGAGACUGUGGCUUGA